AUGUUUGGAGUUGUUACUCAAGGACGCUGUACAUCGAGGAAACCACUAGAACGUGUAGUUAACAAUUGACCACCGCAAUUGGUAGUUCCCGCAACACCAGAUUCACACGAUGGCCCAAGCAAAAAUUAACGCAAAAAUUAACGAUGCCGCGAAAGGAGGCAAAUUUUGCAGGUCGAUUUCAAUGGCGGAUCGAUCUAUGCGAUUGCUGGAGAGUCUGGAUCAAAUUGAAAUGAGGGUGGAGGCACUAAGAGAGGCGGCCACAGCAAUGGAGCAAGAGAAAGAGUGCUUACUAGAAAUGAUUCAAUCCAUUCAGAACAGCCAGGAAAUGCGAACCAUAUGUGACGGAGAAAGAGAAGAGCUCGAUCUGACUGCCAACAGGCUCAUGAGUAGGACUCUAACUGUGCAGGUUUCCGUAGAUACGAUCCGAAACCCACAGCAAGAAGAUGCGCUGAGAAAAGCCACGGCCAUUAUUGAUGAGAUAGUCGCUAAAGUGCUUGAAGACUUGGAGGGCGCAAAGAGGAGUUUGCGGGCUUUGCACGCGGCUUGUGUCACAGAUGCAGGCCCUGUGCCCAUUGAUCAGAAGUUUCAAAGCAUAGUAAUCAGCUGUGCGCUGGAAGACCAGAAGAAAAUCAAGCGGCGACUUGAAACCCUGAUAAGGAACAUGAACAAUACAGAACGAACAAUUAAAAUCAUGACCUACCAGAAGGUUGAUGAAUCUAAGAAUGACAGUGGCAGUGGUAAAUAACGGCAUCGUGGUAAACAGCGCGUUUUGGGGGUGUAUACUAUAUCAGAGCCUUCGCUAAUUACUUGAAUAACCACAGGCUGCCCAGUUUCCCUACAUUUCAUAAGAACGUCAUUAAACUUGUUGGCCCUUACGCUUCAUCAUAGUUAACACCUAGAUACGGUAUUUGAUUUACUACAAAACAUUUUUCUCUAUGAAAAAAAAGUUUUAAAAUACAGUUUGAGGCUAUAUUAAGAUUUUUCCUCAACACAGAGAAUUUGGUGGAAUUCGAAGUGGAGGUCUUCAUUUUGGUAUUAGGCCUGUAAUCACAGUAUGGAACACUUGCCAUGGAAACCAUGAGUGUAGGAAAUAGCACUGUUCAACAUGGUUCAAUAAGCAUUUGUAUACCCAGUUGUUUACAUUAAGGGAAUGCUAUAAGGUAUCCUGUUCCUAUCUUUACAUCAAGUAUGCACUGAUCAUACAAAGUGCAAUAGGACACAGCCCAAUUAACUGUGAUAGUAAGUGUUAUUUAUGCAAUGCUACUCAAGUAUUUACUUUGAAAUUGCUGAAAUUAUUUGAAAUUAUUAUAACUUCAAAUAACAAAAAUCCUCAAUUUUUAAAAAGACAUACCCAACAAUAGUACACUUGCUGGAGACGAAUUGUAUUAUUUUCUUAACCACUCAGUUAUAGUUUUGUUAUUAAAAGUAUUUAAUAUUUAACAAAAUUUAGUGUCUAAAAAAGGAGCAUCACAGCAAUGUUCAUCUUCAAUUCCUCAAAAUAUCUGCUGCAAAUACAAGGCAUUCAGUUAACAGUAAUAAUUAAUAUAAGAUUGAUAAGACUUAAUUUUACUUUGAAUUUAUUUUCUUUUAAAUGUACAAUUUUUAUUUACACUUGAACAUAUUUCCAUUCUAAUUAAAAUUAUGGAGCCAUGAAAGUACAUUUUAAGUGAUCUCUGACAGGUUCAUACAGUUUAAAGCUCAGAUAAUGAUUGAAAAUUAUUUGUUGCCGGUAUACUCAAAAUUUGAACCUCAGGUUCAUCACUCUUUGUACUUUACAUCUAAUAUAUGAAAUAAGUUUAUUAAACAGAGUUAAAAUAAAUCAUUUAUUGUACAAUGAGUACAGGUUAAUGGACCAAAGAGAGAAGAGAUCAAGGCAACAGACGUAAUAUUAUGAGACACACUAGAUAAGACAUCAGCAAAAUAAAUGAGCAAUCACACAAAGUCUCUAAAAUGACAUUGCUGUAGCUUACUAACACAUUCAGUCAAGAGUGGGUGCAAUAACAUUUGCCAGCUUUCAUUUAAAACAAAGCAUACAUUACAUACUGUGAAGGCAUCACAACUAAAGGAGAAAAAAGUAACCACUAUUAGCAAUCAUAAUAGCAGAUAUACUGAAUAUUUCAAAGUAUAUUCUUAAGGAUAUGCUCAAUCAUAAAGUGAUUUAAAUUGACAUAUAAAGUGCCUUAAAUUCACUGUAGUGUAUUUUUUAUAGCAAAAGCCCAUAAUGAUAAGAUAUGCAGAAUUACAAAAUACAAAGAGAGCAAGGUAGAAAGCAGAUCACAAUUGUAAACAUGUUGGUGGCCAUUGUGGCUAAGUACCAUGGAUCCACAUUCACACUUUAAUGAAAUAUAAGGCAUGCAUGUUAUGAAUAAAUAUGAAAAUUAAUAAUAAGCCACACUGAUGUGUUUUGUAUGUUGAAGGAUUUUCAUGUGUGCUGUCCACCAAAGAGUUAAAAUUAGUGAAUAAAUUCUCUCAUUUUUUUAAAGAUUAAAGGAAAUGAUUCUAAUGAAAGCCAAUGGAAUCAAUCAUUUUGAAGCACACUCUGAUACAAUAGGACCAAUGCAGUGUAAGUGCCGACCAAAUGCUUUCAAAUAAACUGUUUUUCCAGAGUGCCUGCAAAAUGGUAGAAGUUCCAACAACUUGGGCUGGACUGCUGGCCCGUUUCUG